AUGUUCAAGUGCCAUGAGAAAGAACUGGACAGUCAGACUGUUGGAGCCUUCAUUGUGACAGUCACAAUUCAGGGUCCAGGCAUAAGAAAUAUAUUUGGUGUCCAUCUCAGUGAAGAAAUAUAUUUUGGGUCCUGUAGUAUUCAUGGAGUUUGCAAGACUAAUAGUCAGUUUCAUGCUCAAACUGCAGCACCAAACACGAGAGGCUACGCUUAUGCCGUUCUUGCGCUGGGUGGAAUUUUAGUUGGAGGGGGGAGGAGGAGAUGUUGCAUGGCAUACUCACACUGCAGCACUAAAGACAAGAGGCCGCGCUCAUGCCGUUCUUUCUCUGGGUGUGAUUUUAGUUGGAGGGGAGGAGGAGGACAGGCUGCAAUAUCCUGGCAAAUACCACUCCCUCGUCUUGGUGAUUUCUUGACCACGGCAGAUGCUGGACCGCCAAUGGCAAGAAUCACUAGAAUAGCUACAUUUUCGAAGUUCCGGCUCGACAUUCCUAGGCGACAUCUCACGAAAUCUACAGUCAACGACGUGCCUUCAACACUUUUCUGGGACCUUGCUCAGCCUGGAUCAAGCUCUCACCAUGUCUGA